AUGAUAUUAGCAAAAGCCCUGGUUGAAAAUCACAAAACUACUUUAGGGUUAAGAUUAAACAAAUUGACAUCAAUUAUUCCUCGUCAGUAUGACACUUCAAAUCUUUCAAAUAAUCUAAUUAAAGAGAUAAAUUUUGCAAAUGCUGCUUCUGCUUCUUUAGAUCUUUGUGUUAAUAAA